UGAGGCAUCGCCGCCACCCAGGCACCCGCUGAGCCCCUGGGGGCUGGGCGGCCAUUACCGGGGCCUCUGGGCUGCCCGCGCCUCCUCCGCGACCCUCGUCUCGCGCUCUCUUCCUCCUCCUCGCUCCCUCAGGCCCUUUCCAGCUGGGCACCCUCCACCCACAGGAGGCGCAGAGCGGCGGGCAUUGCGGGGGCAGCCGCGGGGGAGGAGCAGCCCCCUCGCCCGGUGCGCCCGUAGCCCUCGGGCAACCCUCCAUCCCCGCGCCUGGGGUUGAGUUUCGCUUUCAUUUCUGCCCGGUGACGUUCCUGCCGCCUCCCGGCUGGCAGCCUGUUUGGAGUAGCUGCUCCCCGGGCGGGCAACCGCCACCCACCCCACUCGGGUCCCUGUCUGAGGCGGCCUGCGCAGGAGAGAGACGGAGCCCGCCUCGCCUCGCUAGCCCAGGUGGCCCUUCGAGGCUCAGCUGUGGAAGCCAGGAUGGCUGCCCAGGCCCCCUCCUCCUCCUCCUCCCUCUCGGAGGCUCUCACCAGUGGCUUCCUCACGUGUACCAUCUGCCUGGAGUGCCUCUCCCGGCCCAGGAUCCUGCCUUGCCUGCACAGCUACUGCCAUGACUGCCUGGAGAAGCUGGCAGAGGGCCGGAAGGAGCUGCACUGCCCUGAGUGCCGCGAGCAGGUGGCCCUCCCAUGUGGCGUUGGCGGUCUCAAGACCAGCUUCUUCAUCAACGGCCUGCUUGACCUGGUCCGCCCUGCAGGGAAGGCAGAGCCCACCUGCAGCUUGUGCCCGCUCAUCGGCCAAGAAGCCAACCGGCCUGCGGUCUCACGCUGCUUGGACUGUGCCGACGACAUGUGCCAGGUCUGUGCUGGUGGGCACCGCUGCUCCCGGCUCACCCACUCCCACCACGUGGUAGGCAUGGGGGGCUACCUCUCUGGGGAGUAUGACGAGGAGAUCCGGAAGCGCCAGGCCUUGCAAUGCAAGGAGCAUGUGGGGGAGGAGCUGCGGUUCUUUUGCACGCCCUGCGCAGCGGUCCUAUGCCGCGAGUGCCGACUGGGCCCCCACCUGCAGCACCCCUGUCUGUCCCUGGCCCAGGCGGCCGAGAGGCACCGGCCCAUCAUUGUGGACCUCCUGGCAGGGGUGGAGGAGACUGUGAGGCUGAUCGGGAAGGGCAGGGCCGGCCUGGAGGAAGAGAUGGAGCGGUUGAAGGUGCGCGAGACCGGCAUCCGGGGUGUGGUGGAGCAGGCAUGCUCCAGGGCAGUGGAGCGGCUGCUGGCCCACCAGGAGGAGGUCCUGAGCCAGCUCUCGGACUACGUGGAGGAGCGAAAGAAGGCCUGCGAGACCCUGUGCUCUGAGCUGGAGUUCCAGGAGCAGGUGGCCUCCAGCACGGUGGCCUUUGCCCAGAAGGUGCUGGCCCUGGGCCGGGAGGUGGAGAUUGUCUUCCUGGAGCAGAUGAUCUCCGAGCGCCUCAGGCAGCUGCAGAGUUUCUCUUGGGAGCCCCUGAGCCCUCAGCUGCCCCAGUUGGAAAUCGAUGUGGCCCUGCAGAGCAGCAGCGGCCGCCGCCUCUUCCGCCUGGAGUUCAAAGAGGAGAUGCCCACGAGGACACCAGAGGGCCACAAGGAAGGGGCCACGGAAGGAAAGAAGAAGAAGAAGAAGCCAAGCAGGGAAGGGGCACAGGAGACCCUCCUCAGCUGCCAGGGGAAGCCACCAAGUGGGGAAGGCAGCCUCCCGACAGUGGUCCCCACUUUGCCUCCCCCCAAGGGGCCAGAAGCCCCCCUGCUCACCCCCAAGCCCUUCUUCUCUUGCAGCUUCUGGGUCAAGACCCCCACCGACAAAAAGCGGCCCCAGGUCACAGGCCUUUGCCCAUUUGGCUCCAGCGAGCUCCUGGUGGCCGAUGAGAUGAACCAGAAGCUGAAGAGGUUCUCCCUGCAGGGGGAGUUCAAGGGCAUAAUCCCAGUGCCAAGCGGUGUGGCCCCAUGCAGCGUGGCUACUGUGGGCAGCAAAGUGGCCUUCACGGCUGGCUCUUGCCUCUACCUCUUAAACGGAGAAGGGGGCCUCAUGUGGAAAAAGGCCCUCCAGCGGGGUCAAGCCAGCCAUGCAGUGGCCGCCCUUGGUGGUGACCGUGUGGCAGUCUGUGUGGCUGGGCGCCUCGAGGUGUACGACCUUGAGGGGCGCCUGGUGGAGACGAUUGUGCCAGAAGGCACCGCAGAGAGGUGCCUGGUAUUCCUGGCCAGCAGGAAAGGGGGGUUUGUGGGAUCCGACUGGUACCGGCACAGCUUGGUGUUCCUUUCCCAGAGAGGGCAGCUGGUGGCUGAGAGCCGGGAGGAGCAGCUGAGUGAAUGCCAGCCGGGUGCUGUCUGUGCUGAUGCCACUGGGAUUGCUUACGUGGUGCUGCGGGAGAUAAACAAGGUGGUGGCCUUUUCCCAGGAUGGGGAGGAGCUUGGGCCGUUCCUCACGGCUGAGAACAGUAUCAACCAGCCACGGGUGGUCACGGCUGCUGGGGACGGUCGUUUCGCAGUGGCUUUGAGCAAUGGCACCGUCCACAUCUUCAAGAUCAGGUAUCAGGGCAAGUGAAGCGGAGGCAGGCAAGAUUUCCUUUGGGGAUGCUGCAUGCCCCAGAGUGGGUGCAUGUGUGUGUGCUGUUCCCCAGAGGAAUUGGGGAGGGGAGAAUUGCAGAACCACUUCAGGGGGCACGGGUGAUCUCUGGUUUGAGGGGCUCACUGGGAGUGCCUGCCAGUUAAUUUUAGGCUUGUUUCACUGUUGUGGCUUCCAGCCAGCAGCCUCGUUUCUAAGGGGAUCCUCAGGACCGUCUCCACUGCGCAGCUUCUGGGUUCCACACAGGCAGACGUCUUUGCAUGAAAAAAGGGUUCAGCUUCUGCUGCAGAAAGAGAGAGAAUGAGUGUAGAGUGCUGAAUUUGGGAAGUUAAGAUGUAACACUUUUUUCUUUAAAAAGUGGAAGAAAAUCUGUGAGCAUCCUGUACAGGCCACGUGAGUGAUGCAGGCAGGCUGGUGCUUCAGGGUCUGUGCAGGGUGAGCUGCGGUGUGUGGCUGCCAGAGAGCAAUCGUUCCUCCCUCCUGUCUGGCUAGUUUAACUCCCAAAGUUGACGUUUACUCUUCUGGGGUUGUCAUUCCCCACGAUGACCACCAGAGGGCGGGGCAAAGCCUCCUCUGCAGCUUACAUUUGAGCCCAGCUUCUGGGUCUGACUUAGCGAGUAGAAGUGCAAAAGGGCAGGAGGAGCUGCUCAGCUGUGUACUUUGUAUGGCUUUUGACCGUACAUGUAAUCAGCAAAAGUUGGCGUCCGAGGAGUUGGAUGGCUCUCCCCGGUUCAUUCAGGUGGGGGUGGGGAAAGAGUCCCGCAGCAGCAGCAGCAGCUGGGUGAGGGCCACAGGGGGCCCAUCUGGCCUCCAGGCUCACAGGGGCCUCGCAGAGGCCCCAAAGGGAACCGCACAAGCAGAGACUCCUCCCUCCCCCUCCCCCCUUACCUUUAUUCUACACAAAGCUUUGCCUCCUUUUGUCAUCCAAAGGUCCAACCAUCUCUCCUGCAACGAAUAUAUUUAAAUAAUGUUGUUGCCUUUAGGGUUUUAGAAGUGUGUGCUCCUCUGAUUCUUGAUUUUUGCACCCCUUCUUGCCUCCACGUUUCUUUUGCCAACGUUUGUGUUCCUUUUUGUUCUCCCAUGUAAAACUGGGUGGUGAAAUUCCAGAGGGUCACCUGGGGUGCGAGUAUCCCAGCCCUUUACAUUUUCAAAGUGCCUUUUCCUCCCCAGACAUUACAGCAAAAUUGACCCCUUCCCCACUCUGACUGCUCUCAGGAUGGAACGCAUACCUGGCCAUGUGCUUGCAAAGGAAUCUUUGGCUGCAGAAUGUAAAUCAUUGAGCUGUGCUCUUACCUUCAGGUUUACAUCACUGUUGCUUCCAGCUGUGCCAAAUGGGGCAUAACUCAAUAGAGUGUGACUGUGUGAGCGUGUUUGUGUGUAACUGGAGCAGCUGACUGAAAGUUUGGGACAUGAUAUCAAACUGGUAGGUUACAUUUAUUUGCAUCUCAAGGAAGAACAGUGGUAUCACUGACCAUUUGUGCCUUCUGAAAUAAUUUGAGAUGAUAAUCUCUAUUCCACAUUCCUUCUCCUUUUUUCUAUAAAUAUCACGCAGUAAUAAUUCAUUGUUCAAAAUAUUGUGUAUUUGCACAGCGCAGAGGAAGGGGAUUGUAUAAGUGGUGAAAUAAAUGGUCUGCAUAAAACUA